AUGACGACGCAAGUGAACGUAGGAAAAGCCUCCAACGCAGUGAGGAAGGCAGUUCGGCAAUACAAUUGCCAUGAAAAUUGCCUCUACAGUUCCCGUAAAUUGGCUAUGUUGGCUUUGGAAUGUACCGACGAACCAACUGUCUUAAUUGCCACUAGUGCGAUGCACGUAAUACUACCAAAGAUCAAGAAGAAAGUAUCCAUCGUGAUCAUUGAUGAGUAUGGAACAACCAGCACCACAACAGCUGUUACUACAGUGGUGGCGCGUAUGAUAUUAACAGGAUCUUCGUCAUGGGAGAUCGGUUCCAACUAUGUGCAGUUCGGACAACUCCCGUGUCAACUUCGUAGAUUUGAUGAAGAGUCGCUCUUGAAUCUCCUUAUGAAGGAAGAAAGAGAGUUGAAGCGAAACCUGCGAUUCACGCACAGAUUCUGCGAAUUGCUGGCACGAAUGAUCGACCACAACAUAUAUCAUGAAGCUUUGUCAUACGCCGGCAAUCGGGAGCCUCACGUAGAACUCCAACGUGCAUUGGGCACAGCGUAA